UCAAAAAUCAAGACAAGUUUGACUAUGAACACUAAUUUAAAUCAAAGUGAUACUCCCGGCACUGUGGAAAGGGAACCACAAUGCGAUGAAGUUGAUUUGGGACAAAAUAGUGUUAUAAAUCUAAAUAACGUCCCAUCUUUAUCAGCAGUUACUCAACCAAUUUAUGUUGAUGUGUCUGCGGAUGUUGACACUACUGUGGCUACAGAAAGUGACUCUUCAAGUGAAGAGAGUGAAUUGCGAGAAAGUGGAGGUAUGAAUCCAAAUGGCUAUAUUACUUUAAUUCCUGUUAUUCCUGUAAUUUGUACAAUCAUUGUGCCAAGUGUUAUUACUACUGGGCCUGCGGAAGUUCGCUCCACACCUAAUGUGGCUGAGUUACAAGGAAAUAGAACUAUGAAUUUAAAUAACUCUCCAUCUAUACCACCAUUAGGUCUUUUAAUAUUAGCGAAUGUAACUACAAAUGAAACUCAAAGCAAUGAAGUGGAUUUUGAGUUUCAGACGCAGCGUAACAAUUUCAAUGCUAUUUCAACUGAUGUAAGUAAUAUUAACAAUGGUAUGAAUCUUUAUGGUUUUUUCAACGUUAGCUUGAUUCCGAUUACCAUAUUGCCACAAAAUGUAAUACAAUAUACUCCAAUAUCAUAUAAUGCACAAAAUAAUAACCCUACGGAUCCUCAUCAUCAUAAUAAUAUUCUUCAAUCUUCUCAAUCACUCUUGAUGCCAUAUCCUAGCUAUCAAACUCAACCACAAGUUGCACAAUUACAGUUUCGCCAUCAAAACCAAUAUCCUCAAGUUUUUUCUCAACAAGGACAAAUGACACAACAACAACCAACUUUACAAUCACAACCUCAAUUUGUUUUUUCAACUCCAAACGUUACAAACCUGCCACAGUCUCAACGCCAAAAUCAGUAUCCUACUCCAUUUCUUCCUCAAUUAACACCUCAAUUUAGUUAUUCAUCUCCAUACGUUACAAACCUGCCACAGUCUCAUCGUCAAAAUCAAAUUCGUCCUCGACUUCGUCCUCAAUCACAAUCUCAAUUUGAUUAUUCAUCUGCUUAUGUUAGAAAUCAAUCGCAGUCUUCACAUCAACAUCAAUAUCGCCCUCGACGUAAUCCUCCAUCGCAAACUCAAUUUGGUUACUCAUCUCCAAACGUUAGAAAUCAGUCGCAAACUUCACAUCAACAUCAAUACCGCUCUCGACGUAAUCCUCAAUCGCAACCUCAGUUUGGUUAUUCAUCUCCAAACGUUAUAAUCCAGUCACAGUCUCAACGUCAAAAUCAAUAUUUUGCUCAAAUUUAUCAUCAAUCACACCCUCAAUUUGGUUACUCAUCUCCAAAUGUUAUAAACCAGUCACAGUUUCAUUCUCCAGCCGAAUAUAACAAUGUUUUAAUGCCACAACUACAGCCAAAUCUACAGUCACAACUUCAAUUUGAUUAUUUAUCACCGAACAUCACAAGCCACGAGUAUGACAAUAGCAACAGAACUCCCGAACUGUUUCAUAAUCAUUAUAAUAGACAACAAGAAGCAUCAACAUUAUCUCCAAACAUUGAAUAUAAUUCUGAAAGUAAUCAUUUCAAUAGUGUGAUGGAACAGGCCAAUGGAAACAAUGAACGUAUUGCUAACAACAUUAACAUGGAACAUAUCACUGCCAAUUUUCAUAAUUUGAAUAUUGCUGAGACACCAACAGAUGCAUAUACCAAUAGUUAUAUACGUGCUUACUUAACGGCUCUUGAUAAUUAUUAUUUAACGGGGUCUGUAUAUGGAUCAAAUGCCGCAGUUAUAAAUGAAAAUAAUGUUAAUGCCAAUCCAAACCUUUCGAACAAUAUUGGGGGGACAUUAGGUACCGAUUCCAAUAUAUUAUCGCAUGCUACCGUGGCUCCCAUGCACAAUUAUUAUGUAUUAAAUAAUACUAAUCCACCAAAUAUACAGGUCGACAAUGCAGCAUCAACUCAACAACAACCUAUGUUAAUUGGCUACAUGACACCACAGGGAUUUGUUUCUAUAUAUGAUAUGAAUCUUGUUAAUCAUUAUUAAGUAAAUCAAUAUAAAUUGCUAUAAUUGUCCGAAGUUCUCCAUAGUAAGAUCCUCCAAAAUUUCAUCUAUAAAAAUUUUUCUUUGAACCUCUUUGGAAUGUCUGUGAAAAAGUUAUAGACCCCUAAAGUCUUGUCAAAGUCGCAACUUUAGCUGUUUGUUUUCAUAAUUUUUUUUUAUU